AUGUCCAAGCUCAUGGUCGUCACCGGCGCCACUGGCAUGCAGGGAUCAGGCGUCAUCGACGCCCUGUCCGCAAACCCCGACUGGAAAAUUCGAGGUCUUACACGAGACACCAACAGCGAAAAGGCCAAGGCCCUCGUCCAUCGUGGUAUCGAGAUGGUAGCCGCCACCUUUGACGACGAAGACAGCCUCGAAAAUGCCUUCAUUGGCGCCAACGCCAUCUUCGCAGGGUCGGCCCGGAAAAAGGCCAUGCAAAUCGAGUAUGACCGAGGCGUGAAAUUGGCCCGUGCAGCUGCUAAGACAACCACUCUCGAAACCUACUUCUGGAGCACCCUACCCGCUGCGAGCGACUUAAGUAACGGCGAGGUGAAAGUCCCGCAUUUUGAUGGCAAGGGGGCUGUCGAUGCAUAUAUCAAGAAUGAUCCGGUAUUGAACGCCAAGACGAUCUUUCUUUUGACGGGCUUUUAUGCAUCUAAUUUUAGCCAUCCGCCCUUCACGCCCGUUUACUCGAAGCCAGCAGGACAACAUAUUCUUGCCCUCCCAGCCAAGUCUUCGUCUUAUAUUCCCUCACUAGGCCCAGUGAACAACAUCGGCAUUACCGUCAGUGGUCUUCUCCAACACCCAUAUCCCAAGGCAGCGAAUGGUUGCAAGGGAGGUCGAUAUGUCCACGUCACAACGGGAAAGUACCAAUUCCAGGAAUAUUUCUCGAAAUGGGCGGAGAUUGCAGGGAAGGGGAAGCUUCAGGUUCUAUCAGUCCCAUUCGAGCAAUUUGAAGCGCUUUACGGCAUGUGGGGGACUGAAUUGGGUCUUAUGAUGAAGUUCUGGGAAGUGGCUGGAGCCCCGAAAAUGUGGGAAACAGUCGGGGAGGGAGAUGUUAUGAUUGAUUCUCGUGAGCUCGAGGGCGUCAAGGAUCGUUUGGUCAGUACUGAGGACUUUUGGAGACAGGCAGAUUGGAGUCAGAUUUAA